CCUCAAAUGCUUAGACUGUGUUCCUCUCUCUCUCUUCUCUCGCUUCGAACUCCCCUUCAUUAGGGUUUUCCUCUCUUUCUUCAACCUGGUUCCCCUCUUGCUUUCUGUUCUAAACGAGAAUGAGGAUAGGUAGAUGAUUGAGUUAUUAGAUGCUUGAGUUAUUCACUAGGAAUCCUCUGUUGAAAAAACCCCUGUUUUUUGCAGAUACUCGUAGGGAGCUUUCCAUUAAUGGCGUUGGGGACGAACUUAAAAUGAUGGGGUUUGAGGAAACUAGGGUUUCCUUGGUCCAGCAUGCGUCCAUGGAAAACGGGGGCCUCGAUUCUCAAGAUAUGAACAGUGGAGGUGAUGGCAUGAAAGCCACUGGUUCCAGAUUAGGGUUUCUAUCAGAAGGAGCAAGCAAUGAUUCAUUACAGGGGAAUAGCAAUUGCAAUGUGAAAGAUGAAAUUAGGGUUCCAUUGAACUCAGAGUCUAAGGACGACCCUGUCAAGGAGGGCAUUAGGGUUCCUUUCGCCUCAGGGACUAUUAGCUACUCUGUGGAGGAGGAAAAUAGGGUAUCUUUGGACUCACGGGCUGACAGUUGCUCUUUGAAAGAGGAAGAAAGGGCUCAUUUAAUUUCAGAAACCCAGAGCAAGGACAAGAGGUUCAAAGUUCGGGGAUCAAAUAGCAGGAGAGAUGCUGUUAAAAAUGGGAAUUCAAAAUUAGGAUUUUCGUCUAGUGACGAGAAGUCAGAGUUGACAUCACAAGUUGGGCCUGGACACCCUUCAAGCUAUAGUUCUUUACCAGACACUACGAAGCAUUCUACUAAUCAAACUACAGUUUCUUCUGGGCCAAAUAAAUCACAGGAUGAAAGUUGUGGGCCUCCUUGCACUGACACAAAUACUGAGAAUUAUGAGCAAAGAUCAAUGGAUUCAGGAUUAGGGACUCACUCAAAAGGAGAGGAAACAAAUUUAGGGUCUCCAUCAGUUGAUUAUUCAGAUCCAGGAGGUGACACGUUAAAAGUGGAUUUCUCAACACAAGUUGGUUUUGGGGGUUUGUCAUAUCAACAUUCCUCAUCGAAUAUUGAUAGCUACAUCGCUGAUGACAACUUUAGGGUUCCCAUUUCCAUAAACGACUCAGAAAAGUAUUCAUUGAAGAGGUUCAAGUUGGGGGACAUGGUCUGGGGAAAGGUGAAAUCUCAUCCGUGGUGGCCUGGCCACAUAUAUAACGAAGCUUUUGCCUCAGUUUCAGUGAAGAGAAACAGAAGAGAGGGUUAUGCUUUGGUGGCAUUUUUCGGGGAUAGCAGUUAUGGGUGGUUUGAUGAAAUGGAGUUGAUACCAUUCGAGCCCAAUUAUGCUGAAAAGUCUCAUCAAACUUCCUCCCGAGCUUUUAUGAAGGCAGUCGAGGAGGCCGUCGAUGAAGUCGGCAGGAGGAGGGCCUUGGGAUUGGCUUGUCGGUGUCGGAGACCCAAUAAUUUUAGGCCUACGAGUGUAGAAGGGUACUUUGCAGUUGAUGUGGAAGAUUAUGAAGUUGGGGGUGUUUACUCAACGAAGCAGAUUAAAGAUUCGAGAGAUAGUUUUCAACCCAUGGAAUUUAUUUCUUUUGUUCGGAGCAUGGGAGUGAUGCCUCGAAGCAGUGAGCAUAAGACUCUUGAGGGUAUUAAGAACAUGACUACCGUUCUUGCUUAUAGGAAGGCCGUGUUCGAGGAGUUUGAUGACACUUAUGCACAGGCGUUUGGGAUGCAGCCUGUUCGUCCAUCUGCAACUGAUCCAUCGAAGCAUGCAGAAAUUGCUCCUCGAGCCCCCCUCAGUGGGCCUCUGGUGAUUGCAGAAGCCUUAGGCGAGAAAAAGAGUUCCUCGAAGUUGGCAAAAUCAAAGGACUUGUUAAAGAAAGACAAAUACCUCUUCAAGAGAAGGGAUGAGCCCAAUGAGCACCCAUCCAUUACAAGCAAGGAGUCCCAAGCACGCCAGGCCAAGCUGGAGCAUGCAUUUGACUUUGAAGAGGAUGAGAGCUAUGCCCCUGCAGCCAGUAAUUACAUCUUCCAAAAACGAAAUCCACCUAAUGAUACAAAAGCUGAAUACAAAGAGCCUCGUGAUCAAGAUGCUAGACCAUCGAGCCGAGAAGUAACACCUGAGCCCAAAACUAUGUCAAUUGCCAAAGAAACAGGGAAGGUGCAGUCUGUUUCAGACAAGGGGAAAGGCGUUGCCCAUUCUGAUUCUAUUGGCGAAGCCGAUCAAGCACCUCACAGUCAGGAUGGCCCUCUUACGGCCAUGGAAAGCAUUGCUCGCUUGCCUGAGAAUCAUUCGUCUGUUCCUGUAAAUAACAUGACAGAAAAAAGUGUCUUUCCAGAGAUGAACAAGCUCAAUGGGACUAGCUCAAGGGUAUCAUUCGCUGAACCUACUCUUUCUUUGAGAUCAGAAGUGUCUGAAAGUUCAGAUUCCAGCAGAGCUGGGAAUUUUUCCGGCAACUCAGUGGCUGAAAUUUUCAGGCUGGAAGAUAAGAAAGCAGAGGCAGUGGGUCCUAAAACUUCUCAAAUAUCAACCAGUGGGGCCCAGUCCAAGGGCCCUUCAAAGCUAUACAAGAAAAUAUCAGGACAAUCGGAUGUCUCUCUAGCUGUUAAGAAAGUGAAAGGCCUUAAAAGGGUGGCUUCUGAUAUGGAGGGUGGUGAAAUGAAGAAGAAGAAAAAGAAGGUGAAGGAUUCAGAUGCGAAAGCUUCACAUGAAGUUCCAAGAGUACGCAAAGAAGGGGAGGCGGUGUUGAAAAAACCAGUGAUACAAGGUGUGGCCCUGAGUUCAACCCCAUCUGAUGGUGGGCCUGCCAUCGAGCUAAUGCUGUCUCAGCUGUUGGAGGACCUCAUGUGCCUUACCCUAGACCCUUUUCAUGGCAGAGAGAGGAACUGUGCAACCAAUGUCCGGAAAGUCUUCUUGAAAUUCCGUUCACUUGUUUAUCAAAAGAGCCUAAAUCCAGUUGGAACCGAACCAGAAUUGCCUGACCCUCAUCCUCCUAAACUUGCUGGAAAUAGGGCAUCUUUUCCGGAAUCCAGUGAGCCUGAAACCCUAAAACGGGCGAAAGCGUUGAAAACCGUUGAUAAAUCUGGCAAUGAUUUAGCCAAACCUAGUCGAAAACGAAGUAUUUCUGACCAAGGUCAGAAUGCCAACAGUGAUGCAGCAAGGAGAAUGAAGAAACUAAAGGAGUUGAAGUCGAUAGUUCAGGCAAAGCAGUCUGGUCAAAAGUUGCCGGACUCCACCCAGAAGGCAGCGGAAUCCAGCCAGAAGAUGCCAGAUUCCAGCGACCGAAAAUUGGAGUCUGGGAAGGCUCCUGCAAUCCUGGUGGAGCCCACGGUGCUGAGCAUGAAGUUUCCGGAAGGUCGGGGGCUGCCCUCAGAGCCUCAAUUAAGGGCAACCCUUGCUCGAUUUGGGCCUCUUGAUCUUUCGGGGACGAGGUUUUUUCGGCGGUCGGGGAUUUGUCGAGUGGUUUUUCGAUACAAGAAGAGUGCUCAAGCGGCUUACAACUCGGCUAUGAGGAGCUCGUUUUUUGGACCAGGUGUUAAUUAUAUGCUCAAAGAGGUUCAGAACAAGCCCCAACAGGCAACCGAACCACAGGAGAACUUGGCUGACUCUGGCAAGCCUGGUUUUUCCAGUGAAAGGCAGGCUGUGAAGCUGAAGUCAAUCUUAAAAAAGCCAGCGGCUGAGGAGGCACCAGGUGGCACCCCGAGAGAGGGCCCACGUGUAAAGUUCCUAUUAGCUGCUGAAGAGAGUAGGGGUAAACACUCUAGCAGUGCUGGUGCAAUUAGUGAUGCGGAUGUUAAUAACAACUUUAAACCUGGUUUUGGUUCUUCUAGUUCCAGUCCAAUUGCAUCUAGUUCUGGUUCUGGUUCUGGUUCUAGUUCUGUGGGUUCUGGUCUUCUUCCUCUUCCUGUUAAUGUUUCAUCGUUUGAUGAGAGUGUUGGAAUGAGUUAUGUUGGCAAAGGUUAUGCGCAAUAUCCACAACAGCAACAUGCGGGGUUUCGAUAUAACGAGGGGAGAGAUGCAAAAAUGGGAUCGGAGGGAGAGGAGAGAGAGAGCAGGGGAGGAGUGGAUAUAUCUAGGCAGAUGCUGAAUUUGCUCAUGAGAUGUAGUGAUAUAGUGAGUGAUGUUAAGUGCGCGUUAGGUUAUGUACCAUACCAUCCGCUAUAACCCAUCUUUGCAGUAAUGGUGGUGAGAUUGGGUGCUCUGCUCGUCCUGGAAGCUCCUAUUAAAUCGAGGGGGAUCUUGCGGCAGAAGCGGGCUCCGAUUCAAUGGGGGGUGGGGGGCCCACACUGCAGGAAUGGUAGAGGCGGAAAUUGUAUUACAUUUGCUGAUGGUGGGAGGGCACGGUUUCGGUAUCAUAAAUUACAUUGAAUGUUCACUAGUAAAAUUUUUACUGUCAUGCUGGUGUGGAAGCAAAAAAGCAAAUGAUUACUGUCCCUCUUCUUACUGGGAUAAUCUCUCUCUCGAUGUUUUGAUCUCUGCCUCUCUCUCUCUCUCUCUCUCUCUAUUUUUAGGUAAUAGGAAAGUUUUUAGUACUGUGGUGUAUUAAACAAUGAGUAAUACUUAAAAUGAAGAGCUGUGUUUAUCACCAAGAA